GUUCGUGGCUGAGACGGAGACGCACAGGUUUGGACAUGGCCGCCAAGGAGAUCCUCCAACUCGACCUGUACUCGCUGCUGGACAUCAGCGAGGACGCCACCGCCAAAGAGAUUAAGAAAGCGUACAGACAGAAGGCAUUGAAAUGUCAUCCCGACAAAAACCCAGACAAUUCCAAAGCAGCCGAUCUUUUCCAUCAGUUGUCCCAGGCACUGGAAGUUCUGACAGAUGCAGCAGCCAAGGCGGCCUAUGAUCAGAUCAGAAAAGCUAAGAAGCAGGCAGCUGAGAGAACCCGGAAACUCGACGAUAAGAGAAAGAAGGUGAAGCUCGACUUGGAAGCCCGGGAAAGAGAAGCCCAGCUGAACGAAGAAGACGAGAUUAAGAUUACAAAGAGUUUAGAUGAAGUGAUUGCCCGACUCAGGGAGGAGGGCUCCAGGCAGUUAGAGGAACAACAGAGGCUCAUCCAGCAACAGAUCAGUGUGGAGAGGGAGCAGCGAUCACAAGGCUCUGAAAACCGACCUGAAUCUGACAGCAGUCCGACCCCUAAACUGAAACUCAAGUGGAAAUGUAAGAAGGAUGACGAGACAAAUGGUGGAUACUCACACCAGUUUCUCCUUUCCAUUUUACAGAAGUACGGAGAGAUUCUCAACUUGUUGGUGUCCAGUAAAAAGAAGGGAAGUGCUGUGGCGGAAUUCUCCUCCGUCAAAGCAGCUGAAUUGGCUUUUAAGAACGAGUUGGGUUUAACGGAUAAUCCCCUGAAAAUCUCCUGGCUGGAAGGCCUGCCACAGCCACCACCUGACAGGAAUGCAGCAAACACACCGUUCUGCGUGGAGCCCAGUGCAGCCCGAUUGUUGCAGGGCUCGUUACGCACGGAACGGGACUACGAGAGCCUGGUGAUGAUGCGCAUGCGGCAGGCGGCAGAGAGACAACGGCUGAUCGAGGAACUACAGCAGGAGGAGGACUUAUAACCUGGCCACAAUAAUGACCACUCUCAGGCCCACAUACAUUGAACUGGAAUAAAUAGUCAUUUUAUAUGAA